CUAAUCUGGGCCCCGUUUCAUCAAAAUUUGCGAUGCGAUAUUAUCGCCGAUCGCCGAUUGCUGAUCUUUUACCUGCGAUUGCGAUAUUUUUUAAAAAGCGUUUCAUCAAACAUAUCGCAGAUUCUUGCCGGUAGUUUGCCGGUAGUUUAGUGCUAUGAGCGAUAAUCGCUCACAGUCUACUAUCAAAAUGACGUAAAAAACGGGCACCUGCUGAAUCUCGCGCCACCUGUCAUAUUUGACAGACGAUCAAACAACAACAAUGGCAGAUCUCGUAGAGAAUAGGAGCGCCUCUUGGCAGCCAAGAGAACUCGAGGAACUGCUCGAGGGCGUCCAACAAAAUUAUGAAGUGUUGUGGGGCAAAUUGUCCGGCACAUUAUCAAAGAAAGACAAAGACCGUGCAUGGUCGGACAUCGUCCAAUCAAUAAAUUCCGUAGGGGGGAACGAGAGGAACGUAGAAGAUUCAAUGAAAAAGUGGUGUGAUUGGAAGAGCCGGACCAUUAUGAAGGAUGCCAAGAGAAGACGCUUUGUGGAAAGCUCUGGGGAGGCAGCUCUUCCAAAAAAAAUGCAAUUAACUGUUUUGGAGGAUAAGCUAUUGUCCUUAGUGCCCAAAACAAAGCUGUUCGGAGUGCAAGGUGGAGGGAUCGAUACCGGUCCACUCAAGAGAUCCAUGCAAGAAAAUGAUAACCUAGACAAAGGAGAGGAAAAUAAACGCCUCAAGCAGAACGUUCCAAGUGAGCCUGUUCCCAUUCAAACAAGCUCCAAAAGCACUGCCAGCAUCCCUGCCAGCAACAGCAACAGGAAGACAAGUAUGAAGGAUUGUGAUUGUCAUCAGGAAAUGAUUGACAUAUCUCGGCAAAUGCUAGAGGAGAGUGUAAAGCGGAAUGAAAUACUGCGGGACAUAAGUUCAACACUAAAAUUAACAGCUGGCAAAGCUUUCCUGGACAACUUGUUGGAUCCCACAAAUUUUUAAAAGCGGGGGCCAUAGACAAAACUAGUCUAUAAAAUGUGUGUUAAUUAUGUUUAAAGAAAUAACACACCAUGAUAUACAUUUUGCUGUUAUUUCUACCUUGUUUAAAGGGACCUAUUCACAGAUUUAUGCAACUACUGAAGUUUGUCAUUAAAUGCUUUAAAUUAAUAAAUGUAAACAUUGGAACUAAAUAGCUCCAUAAAAAAGUGAAUACAUGUACAAUUAAAGAAAAAAAGUUAAACUCAACUGGGCUCGAACCACUGACCCUUGGAAUAAGAGUCUAGCAUUUUAGACCACUCGUUCAUCCAUGCUAUUACAGUGAGUGGUAUAUGUUAUACAUGUACUUCAUAUAAAAAAUCCUUGUAGUGUCACAAAAUAUAACGAUAACAACAGAACUUUCCAAAUUAUUCAAUCAUUUUGCAUUUGUAAUGCUGUAUUAUUUUCAGGUUAUUAAAUUGUCAAAAGAUGCAUAUACCGGAUAUUUUGGAGCAUGGUAAAUGUUCAGAAUUACUGUUAUUCUUAUUUGUAAAUGCUAUAAACAUAACUAUCAUAUUGUUUUAAUGUUGUACACAAUGUUUAUAAGUUAAUCUCAUGUAUAAACUUAAUUGUUUUGUCUCUUUUAACUGUACAGUACAUUGUUUUACUGUUAAAUUUUUAUGUGGCCCUAUAAAGGUGACCGUUUGGCGACAAAAUAUUCAUUACCCCUAUCCUGUAAAUAUUAUUUUUAAAUUUCCUUUUAGAUAUUGUCAUAACGCCACCCUGGGAGGUCAUCGCUUCUCAAUAGCCCUAUAUCCUUUAAGGUACUUUACAGACAGGGUCUUAGGUUGCAAGAGUUCAACAUUUGCUGUCACACUCAAAUAUAUUCCAAAAUAAAAUAAAAAUGCAAUUAUACAUCAUAUUUUCAUAUAAAUGUGCAAUCCUUUAAAAACAUAGAGCUAAUUAAGUAAGAUCCAGCUUCUCAACCAAUUAAUGUCCAACAAGUUGUAUAUUUUCCCAUUGUUUAAUAUUAAUAAUAAUAACAUUUUAUUACUAUAGUGCAAGACAUGUGUUUCUUUCAAUUGUCCAUUUCCAUAUUCUUUAUAUAACACUCAUUCCUUUAAAAGUGCAAUAAUGUUUACAUCCUAAAUGAAAAGGCGUGUGAACUAGGUCAUGGUUCAAUUUCGACCAAUCAGCGCCAACUUUUAUGGUCAAUGCCGUUUUAGCAAGUGGGGUGAAACCAGUACUUACCGAAACCGCCCUUAUAGUAUUCAAUGCAUUCUUAUGUAUAUAACGCUUUUUAACAUUUUAGUUAAAUGUAAAUGCGAUGUUAGGUAAGCACAGAUUUUUAUGCCCCCCCUUCGAAGAAUAAACUGAGUAUGUUUUAAAAUGAUGUAUGUAUAUUUUUAAAUGUUGGACUUUUGUUGGAAAUGUUGGAAAUAAAGUGUGUAUACUUUGUAAAUAAACUGUAGUAGUAGAAACAAAUGACUUAUUUAAUUUCUACUAGCUCGGCUAGUUGUACAAGUUACAUGGAAAUUUGUCUAAAUGGACUGGUGGCAGCACCCGUAAAUAAGACCACAGGUUCUUGACUAAAUUAAAAUUUAGUGUAGAUAAUUUGUGCAAAGUUUAACUUUGAUUGCUUCCGUCGAAGUUCAAAUUUUGCGACACUACUGAUUGAAUUCGAGCCUGGACAACAUGUUGAAUGUUAACGAUUCACCAAGAAAUACUUUGACAUACUUUUUAAGCAUAUAUAACCUACAUUCGAAUUUGAUCUAUAUAAACUUGAUGCAAAUCCUAAAUAAGAUUGGGGAAGAUUGGAUGAAUAUUGUUCGAAUUAGAGCUGAACAACAUGCUGAAUGCUGAAAAUGCACUAAGUGACCAUAUGACCUAGUAUUUAACACUACAUGACCCAUAUUUGAAACUGGCCUAUAUAUCAUCCAAAUUCAACUUUUGACAAAGAUUGGUGAAGAUCAGAUGAAUACUGUUUAACAUAACAUGUUCCUUUUUCCAAAGGGGCAUAUAGAAAUCAAAUAAAACAACAAAUUAUAAACUAAAUGAUCUAUUUAUUGGCUGCUACUAUACUUCCUCCAAAACAAGUAUCAACAAGAAUACGUCUCAGAUAUAACAUCCAACGACAUGAGUGAAUUAUGUAGAAUGCGUAUGAACAUGUGGUGAACAAAAAUGAGAAAUCAGUGCUUAAUGUAUGAUUGGUUUGCAUUUUAUCAUUUGUUUAAAUAAAAUGGUAGUUAAUAUUUUCCUUUCCAAGUACAGCCACAUAUAAUGAUAUCAAAAUUCAACAAUGUUUACAUUUAAAAUUCAACAUAAUCACGAAGAGUACACAAUGCACAGAAUGUAUUAAAUACAUAUAUGUUAAUGUGCAGACAAAAUAACAAUUAACAAAUAUGUAUAAAAAAAAAAACAUUAAGAAAAA